AUUCACUUUCGCAUUUGAUCGCAGUUGAAGCGCGGACGCCGAAUUUGCACUUUGCCCUACUAGGCUUUUGUGACGUCUCCCCAAUGGAGUACCCGGCGUGGACGUGCUUGUACAGCCGCGACGCGAGGCGUGCUGGGGCACCACUCGCCACUGCCGCGCUCGCCAUCCACACAGACGCGCCCAUCCAGCUCCAGUAUGGAAAACACUUUCAUGGACGAAAGCGCGAAAUCAAGGACUUUCCAGUUGUGUCGGUACAGCUCGUCUCGAGCGCUACAAGCUCAGUCUCGUCAAGCAGUAGCAGCAGCAGUAGCAGUAGCGCAUCCUCAUUCAACAAGAAUAGUAGUGCUGCCAUGCCCAAGGACAGUAAAAGUAUCGUGACGGAAGCGCUGACGGCGCGCGAUGUGCCGCUCGCGCCAGGCCGCACCCUCAAACUGGGCUUGAGGCUCAUCAAAGGCAAAUCGCCGUUUGCACUGCUCGCAGAUCCGGCUCGGUUUGUUGCUGGCUGGGAUGCACGCGAGCAUCGUCCGGAUGUGUUUAACGGCGGGGCUAUGGUUGGCCACUUUCUCACGAGCGAAGUUUCCGGCAAGGGUCACAACAAGACCGAGUUUCAUGUCGAGGUCGCCUUGUUUGAAUGCGACGCCACUGCAAAUCUUGUUGUAGAUAGCAGCAGCUCCUCUUCUGACGCGGGCAGCGGGCCGUUCAUCUCGCUGUCUUCCACCGACAACGCCGAGCUGCUCUUUCUCUACGUUUCGAAGGGAUUUUACGUCAAUUCCCGCACCCAAAAGGCUGGUGCGGACGCGGGCGAUGCUGAUGCGUCGCUGUUGGGCACUGAUGGAUUCGAUCUGCCUGCUACAACAGCCAAAGAAUUGCCAUCGCACUCCACCGGCCGACACCAAUUUAUGCUGGAUUUGUCAGGCGGCCGCCCGCCCCAACAACAACAGCAGCAGUCCCAGCACCUUCCUUCAACCUCACCACAAUUCUUGUCUUUUGCAACUCCCCAACCCGUGACGGAUGCCGACGUUGGCGACUUGCUGGCCCCUGCGUCGGCUGGAUUAUUGGACGAUCCUCUGCAAGGACUAACGCCCUCGCUGGCCACUCCAGGAACGGUGUCUGGCUUCCUGAGUACUUUCCAACAGCAGUCAUUCGGCUUUACACCCUCGCCGAUGGUGACAGAGGACACUGUAUUAGCUUUGCCCACCUCCGCCUCCAUCCAAAUGGGACGAACGUCCGACAACGAUGACGGUUUCUUUUCUACCCUCGGAGAGCUGCUCGACCCUGCACUUCCACUUGGCAUUCCUCUCGACACGCCGUCAGAUCUGCACAUACCAUUUCCCGAAACGCCCCACCUGGCACCACAGCAACAACAGCAACAACAACAGCAACAGCAUCUGCUUCAACCACAGCCAUUGGACACACCUCUCGGACUCUCUGCUUUCUCGGCGCUGCCGCUUGGUGAGAUGCCGACUGAGCGCGACUUGCCCCUCCAAGUCGGUACGCCGCUGAGCAGCACAGCCUCUCUACUCUCCGACAAGUCUGCUGCCGCCUCGCCCUCAGCCUAUUCAAUGUCGUCAAUGUCAUCAUCAAGCAUUAGUGGCGGAGUGUCCUCUUCCAUGACUGGCGACGAUGUGCCGACCGUGGAUCUCGAUGCUCUCGUUCGCUCGCUGUCUGUGACGGAACACCGCCAAAGCGUGAGCGCCAUCACCAUCUAUCUUAGCCCCAAAUCGGGCCGCGAGGGAACCGAGAUUAUCCUGGUCGGGUCGCUGGACUUUCCUCUCGAUGUCUUUAUCAACUUUGGUUGGCUGUUCUUGCAAUGCGAAGAAGUUAUUCCAGGGCAACGGCGCGUUCUCAAGCUUAGUCAUGUUCCAUCGUAUGAAGCCGCCGUCUCGGGAUUGGUCAAUCGUAACGAUUACAAGCGGGGCUGUGUGCCCGUGUCGGUUUUCUCGUCGGACUUGCAGUCGGGCUCGACAAACACGGAAAUCUUCACGUAUGACACGUUCCAGGAGACGGGCUUGGACCGCCCUCAAACGCGCCGUGGUCGUGGGGACGACGAUAAUGACGACCCCGAGUACCGCGACCGCGCGAAACGCUUCCGCACACUUGACGUGAUGGAACGCAUGCUGCGCUCGACGCACCAGCUGGAGCAGUCCUCAUCCAACCUCUCGUCCAUCAUGCAAGGGUACACGACCACCAGCCAUGCGUCCAAUCGGCUGCUCCAUCUCAUGUCGCUUGAUUUGCGUGGCAAGUUGGAAUCCCAGGCCGAACAGCUCGCAGUGCGCUCCGCCAUCCAUCGCGAACUGAUGGAGCGCUCCGUUUUGGCCGCCCUGCACCAUCUGCGAGACAUCUGGCACUCGGGAGACAUGAAUGGCCUCGACUUGGACGGGAUGUCGCUUCUCCAUUAUGCAGCCAUGGGCGGCCGAGACAUGCUCGUACAGUUCAUUCUGCAGCAUGGUGGCGAUGCUGGCGUCCUCGACAGCCGUGGCAGGCCGUACACCCUACCGACCGGGCCCAUCCGCGCAGUGCGUUCUCCGCGGUCUGGCGCUUCGCCGUCGUCCUGGCUGCCGGCCGACCACUCAUUCAAGCACUCUUGGCGGCACUCGGUUGGAGAUGCAUCGUCAGGGUCCCUGAGCCCCAAGCUCAGUGGUGCGACCUUCUCCUCCUCUGCGGCACCCGAAGUGUCAAUCACCACAGCCGCAGCGUCUCUGGUGUCGCACAGCGCCCCUGCGUCGCACAUUCCGACUCGCCACGCAAGUCCCGCAGUGGCCGAGCCUUGGCUUCAGACACCCAUCUCGGGCCAAGUCCCACCGCUGCCCACCAACGUGUCCGCUGCCGCGGCCGCUCACGCCCUGUUGCCUCGCAAGCGCUCUUCCAGCGAUGCUCGCUCAUCGGUCGGUCCGGUCGACAGUGGGAGCGCAGCUUCCGGCGAGGUCUCGCACGGUGUCCCCGCCGUUCAGGAGGUCGCGUCAGCCGUGGGCCUGGAUGAAACGGGCACCAAUACCAGCAGCAGCGCUCCUCCGCCGCCUCCUCCUCCUCCUCCCCAAGCUGUGCUGCCGACAACAUCGGAACCCACACGUCCAGGGGUGCCAGCUGCUGGUCGACCGCUUGCUGCACGCGCUCGACCCCACUCGUUCCACUAUAGCUUGCUUCGCCCCCAGUGUCACGCUGCCCAGGUGCAAGUGGACGCUCUGUCAACCCGAUUGACGGCGCUCCAACUGGAAGGGCGAUUUUCGCACCUCGCACCCGACGGCGGCACGCUUGAGAACAGCGCGACAGCUUCUGCAAACCUUUCACCCGCCACCCAAAGCCUGCUACAAAGCCUCCCGACCGACCUUCAGGCGACCAUUUCUGCCUCGAGCGACCUCACAUCAUCCAAUCCUACGCACAUUUCCCAGCUUGCGGAACUGGCAGAAUUGGUGCGAGCGUUGGGCUUGUCGAGCGAUGCCCUCUCUUCGCUCAUCUCGCUCACCGGGCUGCCCGAGAAGCUGACGGUGCUUCCACUCUCCAACAACCACCUCAAAACCCUGCCCCGAGAAAUUGCGCAAUUCAAAAGCCUCGAAAUGCUCCUUCUCGACCACAACCAGCUGUCGCGUGUCGACUAUGUGCACUCCUUGCCAGAUCUCGCCAAAUUGUGGUUGCACAACAACUGGCUCGAGAGUAUUCCGUUCGGGCUUUGCCAGCUCAAGGGGCUGAAGACACUCCUUCUCCACUCCAACCAAAUCACAACCAUUCCGCCUGAAUUUGGAGAACUGGCCGAGCUGGAGGUGCUGUCCCUCGACCACAACCUCCUUACGUCCAUUCCCCCUCAUUCGCUCGGUCGUCUCACGCGCAUGGUCAAGCUGAACCUGAACAAUAACCAACUGACAGGCCUGCCUGCCGACAUUGGCAAUCUGACGAGACUCAAGACGUUGAGUCUGCACGACAACUGUUUGAGCUCGUUGCCAACCAGCUUUAGCGCGUUGGCCAAUGUCAAGCGCCUCUCGUUGGCAGGCAACCGCUUCGCCACGAUUCCUGUCGAAGUCUGUCGCCUUGCCAGCUUGGUCGAAUUGAAUAUGGAUAACAAUGCAAUCACCGCCAUUCCUCCGGCUCUUGGAGAGCUUGGUCAGGAGCUGCACACCCUCAGCCUGGCUCACAAUUUCCUGACACAGCUGCCCGGUUUGAGCAAGCUGGCAGGCCUGCGCAGCUUGGACGUCUCCUUCAACAAGCUGACCAAGCUGUCCCCUGAAAUUGGACGCAUGACGCGGUUGAACAUUCUUUUGCUGAAUGACAACCAGCUCGUGACCUUGCCUCCCACCAUCCGCAUCAUGGCCAAACGAUCGCUCAAGGCUCUCCGCCUUGCCAACAACCCUCUGUACAGCGGCGUCGAGUCGCUCACGCAAACGUACGAGAUCCCCUCCUUGUUUGCCCUCUGUGCGCAAAAGAUCUUUGAAUGUGAUCGGCAGGAGGAUUUAGCCUCGUUGACGCCGGGGGUUUUGGCAUACCUCAAAAAUCCUCGUCGCUGCUUCAUUUGUGCGCGCCACUACUUUGAGUCUCCUGCUCGGUUUGUGUCGUUUGUCAACAUUGGCGGUAUGCGCGUCCCGCUGGACUAUGAACUGUGCUCUAUUCGCUGCGUUGGGCGCGUGCAACGUGGGUUUGUGCGCUCCGACAAGUGGAAAUUUGCGUUUGACUGAUGUUCGAGAGCUUUGCUGUCCAAAGUCCAUUUUAGUGUUUAUAAGAACAAUAACAAAAUUGAAUAACUCA